AGCCAAAGGAAGCGAGGCUCAGACAGAGCAGCUGCUGUUCCAGCCACAGCAGCCACUGCUGCACCCUUGAAAGGAGGCCCCUGCUGUGCAGAGAUGUAAAAUAAAAUGGGAUUCUGACACUUGAUGACAUGUCACUAUUUGGAAUAAUAAUGAGCAUUGACAUGUUUUGGAUUAGCUGAUGACUUUCAGAAAUGAUCCACUGUCUGCUACAGAGAAGCUGAAUAUCCUCCAUUUGGAGUGAACAGGCUAGAUUGUUACUGAAGUUUCAAGAUGACAGAUCCAAUGAUGGAUUUUUUUGAUGAUGCCAAUCUUUUUGGUGAGACCUUAGAAGGUUUGUCAGAUGAUGCAUUUGUACAACCAGGACCUGUUUCUCUAGUUGAUGAAUUGAACUUGGGUGCAGAAUUUGAACCUUUGCACAUAGACUCACUGAACCAUGUUCAGGGUACUACAACACAUCAGAAGAUGACUGAUUUUGAACAGUUAAACCAGUUUGAUUCACUGAAAUUUCAUCAAGUUAAUCAGUCUUUUGGUAGUCCAGCAGAACACGUGUUAUCUCCACACUCUCAGUUUAACUGUUCUCCGAUCCACCCCCAGAACCAAUCCAAUGGUUUGUUUCCAGAUGUAGCAGAUGGGAGUCCUAUGUGGGGCCACCAGACAGCUACUAGCAUUUCAAAUCAAAAUGGGUCUCCUUUUCACCAACAAGGACAUUCACACCCUAUGCAUCAAAAUAAAAGCUUUGUGGCACACUCUGAUUUUGCCUUAUAUCAUGCCAAUGAACAACAAACACAGUGUACAUCGUUACGCUCACAGCAGAACAGAAAUAAUCAUAACUCCGGGCAAAAUUCUCUUAACCAGUCUAAAAAUUUUAUGGAUGUUAACGUUUCUGGUCCACACAGAGUCAGUGUUAACCACCCACCACAAAUUACUAAUGCAUCUUCUUCACAACAGUCUCUUCCGAUGCAGCAGUUUUCUCAAACGUCAAAUCCUUCAAUACACUUCCUCAAGUGUAGCAGUCAUCAAGAAGGAAAUUUUAAUGGACCUUCUCCAAAUAUGACUUCUUGUUCUGUCAGUAAUUCACAGCAGUUUUCUUCACAUUAUUCCUUUUCCAGUAAUCAUAUAUCAUCAAACAGUCUUCUUCAGUCUUCUGCUGUUCUUGCUUCUAAUCAUACAAAUCAAACUUUAUCUGAUUUUCCUGGAAGUAAUUCCUUUUCUCCUCAUAGGGGAAUCAAGCAGGAAUCAACUCAGCAUAUCCUAAACCCUAAUACAUCAUUGAAUUCUAAUAAUUUCCAAAUGUUGCAUUCGUCACAUCCUCAGGGUAAUUAUAGCAAUUCAAAAUUAUCUCCUGUGCACAUGAACUUCCCAGAUCCUGUUGACUCAGGAACUCAAAUGGGCCAUUUCAAUGAUCACGUGGAAACCAAUGGCUUUUCAUCUUUAGAAGAGAAUUUACUUCAUCAAGUGGAGUCUCAAACUGAGCCAUUCACAGGACUUGACCCAGAGGACCUUCUUCAGGAGGGUCUCCUACCCCAGUUUGAUGAGACAACAUUUGGGCAAGAUAGUUCAAGUCAUGUCUUAGAUCAUGACCUGGAUCGGCAGUUUACUUCACAUCUCAUGACACGGCCUUUGGAUAUGGCUCAAGUUCAAUUGCAAAGUCAGGCUCGGAGCUGGCAUUCAUCACUUUCUAAUCAUCAGCACUUACAUGACAGAAAUCGCCUAUGUUUACAACAACAGCCUCCGUCUUCCAAGAAGAGUGAUGGUUCUGGGACAUAUACUAAGUUGCAGAAUACCCAGGUGAGGGUCAUGUCUGAGAAGAAGCAGAGAAAAAAGAUGGAAUCAGAAAGCAAGCAAGAAAAGGCUAAUCGUAUAAUAUCAGAGGCCAUAGCAAAAGCAAAGGAGCGUGGGGAACGCAAUAUUCCACGAGUAAUGAGCCCUGAAAACUUUCCUAGUGCUUCAAUUGAAGGAAAAGAGGAAAAGAAAGGCAGAAGGAUGAAAUCCAAGCCAAAGGACAAAGAGAGCAAAAAAACAAAAACUUGUUCCAAAUUAAAAGAGAAGACAAAAAUCGGCAAACUCAUUAUUACAUUGGGUAAGAAACAAAAAAGAAAGAAUGAGUCUUCAGAUGAAAUAUCUGAUACCGAGCAGAUGCCACAGCAUACGUUGAAAGAUGAGGACCCUCAAAAAAGAAGAUCAAAUCGACAAAUUAAAAGGAAAAAAUAUGCAGAAGAAGCAGAAGGGAAACAAUGUGAAGAAUCAAUUAAAGGUUCUAUGAAAAUAAAAAAGAAUUCAGCUCCUUUACCUGGUGAACAACCCUUACAAUUAUUUGUGGAGAAUCCCAGUGAAGAAGAUGCUGCAAUUGUGGACAAAAUAUUAUCUUCUAGAAUUGUGAAAAAGGAAAUAUCCCCUGGAGUGAUGAUUGAUACAGAAGAAUUUUUUGUAAAAUACAAGAAUUACUCCUAUCUUCACUGUGAAUGGGCUACAGAAGAGCAGCUUUUGAAAGAUAAGAGAAUCCAGCAGAAAAUUAAGCGAUUUAAAAUGAGACAAGCACAAAGAGCACAUUUUUUCUCAGACAUGGAAGAAGAACCAUUUAACCCAGACUAUGUUGAAGUAGACAGAGUAUUAGAAGUCUCAUUUUGUGAAGAUAAGGAUACUGGUGAGCCUGUUAUCUACUACUUAAUAAAGUGGUGCUCAUUGCCAUAUGAAGAUAGUACUUGGGAACUAAAAGAAGAUGUAGAUCUUGCAAAAAUAGAAGAGUUUGAACAGUUGCAAGCUUCAAGGCCUGACACAAGACGCUUGGACCGUCCUCCCUCUAAUAUUUGGAAAAAAAUAGAUCAAUCCAGGGACUAUAAAAACGGCAACCAACUCAGGGAAUAUCAGUUAGAAGGACUCAACUGGCUCUUGUUUAAUUGGUAUAAUAGACGAAACUGCAUUUUAGCAGAUGAAAUGGGUCUUGGAAAAACCAUUCAAUCAAUUACAUUCCUCUAUGAAAUCCUUCUAACUGGUAUACGAGGACCCUUCCUGAUUAUUGCUCCGCUUUCUACUAUUGCAAACUGGGAGAGAGAGUUUCGUACGUGGACUGAUAUUAAUGUUGUCGUUUAUCAUGGGAGCCUGAUUAGCAGACAAAUGAUACAGCAAUAUGAAAUGUACUUCAGGGACUCUCAGGGGCAUAUCAUUCGAGGAGCUUACAGGUUCCAAGCCAUCAUCACGACUUUUGAAAUGAUUCUUGGAGGCUGUGGAGAACUAAAUGCAAUUGAAUGGCGGUGUGUGAUUAUUGAUGAAGCACAUAGAUUAAAAAACAAAAAUUGUAAACUCCUGGAAGGUCUGAAACUCAUGAAUCUGGAACACAAGGUGCUUUUAACUGGCACACCUCUCCAAAAUACAGUUGAAGAACUAUUCAGUCUUCUUCAUUUUCUUGAACCCUUAAGGUUUCCCUCCGAAUCAACAUUCAUGCAAGAAUUUGGGGAUCUGAAAACAGAAGAACAGGUACAAAAACUUCAGGCUAUCCUGAAACCUAUGAUGUUGAGACGAUUGAAAGAAGACGUGGAAAAGAAGUUGGCACCUAAGGAAGAAACCAUCAUUGAAGUAGAGCUUACUAACAUUCAGAAAAAGUACUACCGGGCUAUUUUGGAAAAGAACUUUUCAUUUUUAUCCAAAGGAGCAGGACAAACUAAUGUACCUAACUUGGUUAAUACCAUGAUGGAGCUCAGGAAAUGUUGUAAUCAUCCAUACCUUAUAAAAGGUGCUGAGGAGAAAAUACUUGGAGAAUUUAGAGAUACUUAUAAUCCAGCUGCUUCUGAUUUUCAUCUUCAAGCAAUGAUCCAGUCUGCUGGUAAACUGGUCCUUAUUGAUAAAUUACUUCCGAAAAUGAAAGCAGGAGGACAUAAAGUGCUCAUCUUCUCUCAGAUGGUACGCUGCCUUGACAUCCUGGAAGACUAUCUUAUCCAUAAAAGAUAUUUAUAUGAGCGAAUUGAUGGUAGAGUCAGAGGAAAUCUACGACAAGCUGCUAUAGACCGAUUUAGUAAGCCUGAUUCAGAUCGAUUUGUUUUUCUUCUGUGUACCCGAGCUGGUGGAUUAGGCAUCAACCUAACUGCAGCUGAUACGUGUAUUAUUUUUGAUUCCGAUUGGAAUCCUCAAAAUGAUCUUCAGGCCCAAGCACGUUGCCACAGAAUUGGUCAGAACAAAGCAGUUAAAGUCUACCGACUGGUAACUCGUAACUCCUACGAGAGAGAGAUGUUUGACCGAGCCAGUCUGAAACUGGGUCUAGACAAGGCUGUCUUACAGAGCAUGAGUGGAAGAGAGAGUAAUGUUGGUGGUAUUCAACAACUUUCAAAAAAAGAAAUAGAAGACCUUCUUCGGAGAGGUGCAUAUGGUGCCAUUAUGGAGGAAGAGGAUGAAGGCUCUAAAUUCUGUGAGGAGGAUAUUGAUCAAAUUUUACAACGUCGUACAAAAACUAUAACAAUUGAAUCAGAAGGACGUGGGUCAACAUUUGCCAAGGCAAGUUUUGUGGCCUCUGGGAACCGAACAGAUAUUUCCUUAGAUGAUCCCAAUUUCUGGCAGAAAUGGGCUAAAAAAGCAGAAAUAGAUAUAGAUGCUAUUAGUGGCAGAAAUAGUUUGGUUAUUGAUACUCCAAGAAUUAGGAAGCAAACAAGACCCUUCAGUGCCACAAAAGAUGAAUUGGCUGAAUUAUCUGAAGCUGAAAGUGAGGGAGAUGAAAAGCCCAAACUCCGGAGACCAUGUGACCGUACCAAUGGCUAUGGAAGAACUGAAUGCUUUAGAGUAGAAAAGAAUCUGCUAGUUUAUGGGUGGGGCCGGUGGAGAGAGAUUCUUUCUCAUGGCCGUUUUAAAAGGCAGCUGAAUGAGCAUGACGUUGAAAUAAUUUGCCGAGCCCUCUUAGCAUAUUGCCUUAUUCACUACCGAGGAGAUGAGAAAAUUAAAGGCUUCAUAUGGGAUCUCAUUACCCCAACUGAAGAUGGGCAAACAAGAGAGCUACAAAAUCAUCUGGGCCUGUCAGCUCCAGUACCCAGAGGUCGGAAAGGGAAGAAAGUAAAGACUCAGACAAGCUCCUUUGAUAUACAAAAGGCAGAAUGGCUUCGAAAAUAUAAUCCUGAGCAGCUACUUCAAGAUGAAGGCUAUAAAAAACAUAUAAAACACCACUGUAAUAAAGUUUUGCUUCGUGUGAGAAUGUUGUAUUAUCUAAAGCAAGAAGUCAUUGGAAAUGAGUGUCAGAAAGUAUUUGAUGGAGUGGAUGCCAGUGACAUUGAUGUAUGGGUCCCAGAGCCAGACCAUUCAGAAGUUCCUGCUGAGUGGUGGGAUUUUGAUGCUGAUAAAUCGCUCCUUAUUGGAGUUUUUAAGCAUGGUUAUGAAAAAUAUAACACUAUUCGAGCAGACCCGGCAUUAUGCUUCUUGGAAAGAGUGGGGAAACCUGAUGAGAAAGCAGUUGCUGCUGAACAGAGAGCAAAUGAUUAUAUGGAUGGGGAUGUGGAAGAUCCAGAGUACAAGCCUGCCCCCACUAUCUUUAAAGAUGAUAUAGAGGAUGAUGUUUCUUCCCCAGGAGAUCUUGUUAUAGCAGAUGGAGAUGGUCAACUGAUGGAGGGUGAUAAAGUUUAUUGGCCUCCUCCAUCAGCUUUAACCACACGACUGAGGCGUCUCAUCACUGCCUAUCAGCGUACUAAUAAAAACAGACAAAUCCAGCAGAUACCACCAGCUUUCUCAGUGCCUGCCAGUGUCAUGCAGCCUCUUUAUGAAGAAGCCACUCUUAAUCCUAAAAUGGCAGCAAAGAUAGAAAGACAACAAAGAUGGACAAGGAGAGAAGAAGCUGACUUUUACAGAGUUGUAUCUACAUUUGGAGUGGUAUUUGAUCCUGACAGAGGCCAGUUUGAUUGGACAAAAUUUAGAGCUAUGGCUAGGCUGCAUAAGAAAACUGAUGACAGUUUGGAGAAAUAUUUGCAUGCGUUCAUGUCCAUGUGUCGGAGGGUUUGCCGUCUUCCUUCCAAAGAAGAGUUGGUAGACCCAAAUAUUUUUAUCCAGCCAAUCACAGAAGAACGUGCUUCUCGGACUUUGUAUCGCAUUGAACUUCUAAGGAAAGUACGGGAACAGGCUCUCCGACAUCCACAGUUAUUUGAACGCUUAAAGCUUUGUCAUCCAAAUCCAGACUUGCCAAUCUGGUGGGAAUGUGGCCCUCAUGAUAGGGAUUUGCUUAUUGGAGCUGCUAAACAUGGGGUGAGCCGAACAGACUAUCACAUUCUUCGUGACCCUGAACUCUCAUUUAUGACAGCUCAAAGGAACUACAGUCAAAGUAAGAUGGCUCAUUCCAGGACUUCUACCCCACUUUUACAGCAAUAUCAAGUAGCACUUUCUGCUUCUCCCCUUACCUCUCUACCUAGGCUCCUAGAUGCUAAAGGUAUAAUUCUAGAGGAUAUGAAAGUUAAAAGUGAAAACCUUAAAGAGGAGCCUCAGUCUUCUGAAGAAGAAUCUAUAUCUUCUGAGGAAACCAGGACACUAAUAAAGUCUGAACCUGUCAGUCCAAAGAAUGGUGUUUUACCACAGGCUACUGGAGACCAGAAAUCUGGUGGAAAAGGAGAAACAGACAGACGCAUGGUUGCAGCCAGAACAGAACCUCUAACUCCAAACCCAGCUUCUAAGAAACAGCGAGUCCACAAAAGAGGGUCAGAAUCUAGUUCUGAUUCUGACUCUGAUUCUGAGAGGUCAUCUUCAUCGUCUUCUUCCUCCUCCUCUUCCUCUUCCUCUUCUUGUUCCCACUCUCGAUCAGGCUCUAGUUCCUCUUCAUCCUCAUCUUGUUCUUCAGCAUCGUCUUCUUCCUCCUCCUCUUCCUCCUCCUCAUCAUCCUCUUCAUCUUCGUCAGAAGAGAGUGACAGUGAAGAAGAGGAAGUCCAAAAGCGAGAAGGUACCCCUCACAUGAAAGCCUAUGAUGAAGAAAGUGUUGCAUCACUGAGCACUACCCAGGAUGAGACUCAGGAUAGUUUCCAGAUGAACAAUGGGACACCAGAGUCUGCUUACAUAUUACAAGGUGGAUACAUGCUUGCAGCAUCAUACUGGCCAAAGGAUCGUGUGAUGAUCAAUCGUUUGGACAGUAUUUGUCAAACAGUUCUGAAAGGGAAGUGGCCUUCAGCUAGAAGAAGUUACGAUGCUAAUUCAGUGGCCUCUUUCUAUACCACCAAACUGCUAGACAGCCCUGGAGCAGCUACAGAAUACAGCGAGCCAAGUGUACCCACUCCCUCAGGUGCAGGUGUUAAAGAAGAACAUGAUCAGUCACCACAGAUGUCAAAGGAAGGUGGUUUGAAAUUGACAUUUCAGAAGCAAGGGCUUGCUCAGAAGAGACCAUUUGAUAGUGAAGAUGGUGCUCUGGGGCAGCAGCAGUACCUCACUCGCCUUCGGGAGCUCCAAAGUGCAUCGGAGACCAGCCUCGUCAAUUUUCCAAAAUGUACACCAGUAUCAGGUACUUCUAUUCAAUCAACCCUUGGUGCCAAUGGAGUGAUAUUAGACAACCAACCUAUAGUCAAAAAAAGGCGAGGAAGGAGGAAGAAUGUAGAAGGUGUUGACAUCCUCUUUUUUAAUAGAAACAAACCACCUAAUCAUGUUACUAUAGGUAUACCCACCUCACAGAUGUCUACAGGGAUAAAUACACCUCUUUCCUAUACUCAACUUCAAGGAAUGCCUGAUUUGGAAAGUCCAGUUCCAGUUAUUAACCUUAAAGAUGGGACAAGACUUGCAGGUGAUGAUGCACCGAAGAGAAAGGAUUUGGAAAAAUGGCUUAAGGAGCACCCAGGUUAUGUGGAAGAUUUAGGAGCUUUUAUUCCUAGAAUGCAGCUUCAUGAGGGAAGGCCAAAACAAAAAAGACACCGUUGCAGAAACCCCAAUAAAUUAGAUGUUAAUAGUCUCACUGGAGAAGAACGUGUUCAACUGAUUAACAGAAGAAAUGCUAGAAAGGUUGGAGGUGCAUUUGCUCCCCCACUGAAAGAUUUAUGUAGAUUCCUGAAAGAAAAUUCAGAAUAUGGAGUAGCUCCUGAAUGGGGAGAUGUUGUUAAGCAGUCUGGAUUUCUUCCAGAAAGUAUGUAUGAACGUAUUCUCACUGGUCCUGUUGUAAGAGAGGAAGUAAGCAGGAGAGGGAGACGGCCUAAAAGUGGAAUUUCGAAGGCUGCUGCCGCAGCAGCAGCAGCAGCAGCUGCAAAUGCCACAAGUGUUUCGGGCAAUCCUUUGUUAGCCAAUGGAUUACUUCCAGGUGUGGAUCUGACAACUCUUCAGGCCUUACAACAAAACCUACAAAACUUGCAGUCACUGCAAGUAACUGCAGGGCUGAUGGGAAUGCCUCCUAACCUGUCUUCUGGAGGAGAAGCUAAAAACAUGGCUGCCAUGUUUCCCAUGCUGCUGUCAGGAAUGGCUGCAUUACCAAAUCUGUUGGGCAUGGGAGGACUCCUUACAAAGCCUACAGAAUCUGGGACAGAAGAGAAAAAGGGACAUGACUCUAAGGAGCUAGAAGGAAAAAAAGAAAGGACAGAGAGCCAAAAUUCAGAAAAUGGUGGAGAAAACUCUGUAUCAAGUUCUCCUUCAGCGUCCUCUUCUACUGCGUUAAAUACAGCUGCAGCUGCCAACCCAUUAGCUCUUAACCCACUGUUACUAUCUAAUAUACUUUAUCCAGGGAUGCUUCUCACUCCAGGCCUUAAUCUUCAUAUUCCAGCUUUGUCCCAGUCCAAUACUUUUGAUGUACAGAAAAACAAAAACAGUGACUUAAGCUCAUCUAAGUCUGUAGAGGUAAAGGAAGAAGAUUCCAGAGUCAGAGAUCAGGUUGACAAAGGGGGAACUGAACCAAGUCCUCUCAAUGAAAACAGCACAGAUGAGGGUUCAGAGAAAGCCGAUGCUUCGUCUGGAUCUGAUAGUACAUCAUCAUCCUCUGAGGAUUCAGAUUCUAGUAAUGAAGACUGA